AUGCUCCAGGUAAAUCAAAGAUCCCCAUCGCAAUGACUGACGGGCGCAGGGAGAAAUGUUAAGCUCAAUUGCUUUUUCUUCAUCUAGUACGAUGUCAUGAUUGCCGGCGAUAACGAUCUUAUGCUGAUGAGGCUGGGCAUUGAGCCAGUCCAGCUGAGCUUGAAGUUCCUCGGCCGUGCCACUUUGUGUGAGGUCUCCAGCGUGGAUGAGGAUGUCUCCCGGCGGCAAGAAUAUUUGGCUAUUGUGUGUAUCCGAGAUGCGGACCACAGUAAUCUGAAACGUGCUCCCUCUGGACUGUGAUGCGGUCAAAAUCUUCUGUCGCUGUGUGUAGAGUGUUUUGGCCACCGUUGUAUAAGGCGCCUGCUGAAACUGCUGCAGCCAGGAGGCACGUUGCCGGUGGAUGAUCGCGUCCAGCGCUAUGUCACAUAGAUAUUAACGACACAGUUGAAACCGCGUAUUUGUGAAGACUCGUACGGCGAGUGAUGGCCAUCAAGACAUGUCCUGCUUAGUUUUCGUGGGUCGAUAGAUGUUGGUGUUGUCUUGCACAGUAGAGUGGCUUUCCGGCUCGGCUCGGCUCGGCUCGGCUCGGCAGCACAUGCAAUGAUGUCCAGGCUGUAAGGUUGCUUUGUAGUACUUCGUGAACUUGUACUUGCAAUCGUUAAUCUUCACUUGCGAGGACAGUGCUAUGGGAGUACUUGCAUCGAAGAUCAACAAGGCCAGCUCGACUUCAAUCGCCCCUCCGCCAUCCAUCCUUUUAUCAAAUCCACGCGAGACAUACUUUGUGGGAAGACCGAGCAACAAGAGAGAUGACACUCCACUUCGAACCAUCUAUCGCAUCUACUGGGCCAUCGUCAUGAAUGAUACGAUAUUCAUGCGCAACGAGCUCGAGUACUUCUGGUUUCAGAAAGGUGAUGUCUGGAGACUCGUCAACAUCGGCCAGCCCAACGAUCCUAAUCCCGAACGAUUGGCGAUGGUUGCUGCCAUUAUGCACAUCCUCGCUGCCGCUUUCAACAGACUUAUCGAUCUAGGCCUACCGAGGCAAGCAGCUACUAGUAUCUUGACGAAUGAAGAGCUCGAUGACCUGCAAAAAAAGCCCAAAUCCCCAGAGCAAGUACCGCAGUGGGCUGUUGACUUGCCUCCACUUGAAACACCGUUGGUCUUGCCAACCGGUGACGAAGGCGCUCCUGGAAGUAUUGACGACGAGGACGCGGAUCCAUUCAUGGCUUUGAAGAACAUUUUGGUGUGGAGACUGCACAUUUAUUUCACUUGA